GUGCCUUGUUUGGAGCUUCAACAAUGGCUUCAGAGAGCUCACAUGUUCAGGAGAGCUCUUCAGGAUCGUGCACCGAUUUUAGAGAGGAUUUUGCUCCGUCAAAACUCGGAACAAAAGAAUACUGGGAUAAUGCUUACAGCAGGGAACUCCAGACUUACAGAGACAUUGGAGAUGUUGGAGAAAUAUGGUUUGGGGAGGAAAGUAUGAACCGUGUAAUCUGGUGGUUGGAGAAACAGAACACACCUGAAAAUGCUGCCAUACUAGACAUUGGCACUGGAAAUGGUGUCUUCCUUGUAGAACUGGCCAAGCAUGGUUUUAUGAAUCUUACUGGAAUAGAUUAUUCCAGUGCCUCAGUAGAACUCGCAACAAAUGUCCUGGCAGAAGAGGGCUUAACAAAUAUUACAGUUCAGGAGCAGGAUUUUCUGAACCUCAGCCCAGAGCUAAAAGAGUUUGACUUGUGUAUAGACAAGGGCACUUUUGAUGCCAUUAGCUUGAACCCUGAAGGCAGAGAAAUGGCAAAACUCCAGUACAUGUCCUCCCUGAGAGCAGCUCUAAAGCCACAGGGACAUUUCAUCAUCACCUCCUGUAACUGGACCAAAGAGCAGCUGCUGCAGAUCUUCAGCCCAGGCUUUGAGUUGCAACAAGAGCUGCCUACCCCGCGUUUCCAGUUUGGUGGUGUGUCCGGGAACAGCGUCACAGCCUUGGUCCUCAAAAGACUCAGCUGAUGUUAAAUUUUGUUUUAAUGUGGCUUUGGAAGUUAUUUGUAAAUGUCCCACUGUCUUUCCUUCUGUUUCUUCCACACAUGCAUAGUAAUAAUUAAAAAAGUACUUUAAA